CGGAUAGGGUUAUGGGAAUCAACCGACAAAUGAGAAUUCGCGGCACACAUUAUGCUUGAUAGUGGCGAGUUAGACAUUGCUAGCCUUUGUUGGCUAAUUCCGAGUGGAAUUGCUGUCUACUGGGUCUAUAUCGCGGUUUUCAACAUCUUUUGGCAUCCAUUAGCAGCAUUUCCUGGUCCUCCUAUUGCGGCAAUAUCUACCCUCUACAAGGCGUAUAUUGAUCUUGUAUCCAAGUCGUCCUUUGUACAUACACUGGAGAAGCUGCAUGCUCAAUACGGAGACGUUGUUCGUGUGGGUCCUAAUGAGAUUCAUUUUCAAUCGCCUUCGGCGUACUUGGAGAUAUACAAUGUAUCAAACAGAUGGGAUAAAGAAGAAACUCUGUAUCAUAGCUUCGGCGAGGAUCGUUCUUCAUUCGGCUUUUUGACAUAUGAUGAAGCUAAGGAGAGAAAGAAUGCCCUGAGUAGGUUGUUUUCUCAAAAAGCUAUUGCGGAUGCUCAGGCCCUUGUUUUGGAAAAGGUAGUACAAUUGUGCGAUUCAUUCGAGGAACUAGGGCCCAGACCAGCAGAUCUCUUUUAUGCAUAUCGGUGCAUGUCUGUUGACGUUAUUACCUAUCUCUGUUUCGGGAAUACCGUCAAUGCGAUUGAGGCCCCCGGCUAUGAAGCUCCAAUAAUCAAGGCCAUGGAUGCUUCUUUGCCUGUGUUUGUCGGUUUCAAGCACUCAUCACUCCUAAAGGGGGCAAUUAUGAAUUGCCCACCAAAUGUUUCCAAGGUCGUCAGUCCGGCUACUUCGGGACUUGUUGAUUUGCAACAGAUUUUGAAAGCUCAAAUAAAAGACUUGAGCAAAAACCCAGAAAGAUUACGGAAUCUACCUCACUCAACGACUAUAUAUCACGAGCUACUUCGUCCUGAAGCAUACAGUAGUAAGACUGUUCCCAGUGCAGACAGUCUAUAUGAGGAAUCGCAAGCACUUCUCUUCGGAGGCGCUGAUACAACAGGAACAACACUGAUGCACGGCUCUUUCUACGUAUUGACUGCGCCAACUGUAUAUCGAAGGUUGAAAGAGGAGCUGAUAUCAGCUUGGCCAGUUUUGGAGGAUGCCCCAGAUCUCUGCGAGUUGCAAAAACUUCCGUAUCUGACUGCAGUGUUAAAGGAAUCACUCCGAAUGAGCCCUGGCGUUGCAUCUCCUCUCCCACGUGUUGUACCAGCUUCAGGUGCAAGGAUAGGCAAGGUUUUCGUGCCUGGAGGGACAAUUGUUGAAAUGAGCGGUCACUUUGUACAUCGCAACGAAGCGAUAUUCCCUAAUCCACAUGGGUUCAUCCCAGAUAGGUGGUUGGGUGACGAGGGAAAAGACCUCGAUAAAUGGCUUGUAGCCUUUUCCAAGGGCCCACGGAGUUGUCUUGGUAUCAACCUUGCCUGGGCAGAGCUUUACCUCUGCUUCGCGUACGUUUUUCGAAAAUUUGAGCUUGAGAUCGAUCCCUCCAGCCCCAAGGAACUUAAGUGGCGAGAUUGCUUCCUGCCAGAGUAUCAUGGACCACAUCUAAAAGCAAGACUUACUAAGGUAGCUGGCUAACUCAUCUAUUAUUGGCUACAUUAUUGCUACAGAGAGAUUGACAGCAGUGGUAGACUGUGUAUGACCUUUACUUUU